GAGCACGUCUCCAGCGAUGAUGAGCUAGUCCGUCGCAGUGAAUGGUGGUGCGAGGAGGAUCGUGCGUUUUUCUAUGCCAAAACUACAGGUUCUUGUACAACAUCAUCUUCAACUAGUAGUUCAGCAUCUUCUGCCAAUGUAGUAAAUGUUGGAGCACCAGGUGGAGGAGGAGGAAACUUGCUAACUGCAACUGCGGCAUCAUCAUCAAGUUCGUCCAGUAAUCGUCCUCUAUCGAAUGCUGGUUUACAGAAGCGCCCUCACCAUCGUGGUCUAUUACCUGGCAGUGCCAUGAUUGACUUGGACGCACUUCCGUCUUCAGCAAAGAGAAGGUCAUCUUCAUCUCAUAAUCAUGUCCACAGUGCACGACCAUCGUUUAUGAGUUAUACUAGCGGAGGACCCGCACCCUCACCGAAUUUUCCGUUUCCACGUCUCUCAUCCCGGUCAUCGUGUUCAUUAGGGGUGGCGAAGAAACAUUCAUCUACCCUACUAGUGGGGAGAGACACAAUAAACCCUAUGGUCGAAGAUGGAGGACAGGACUUGCUUCACCAAGCAGAUGAUGAUCAUCCUUUAUCAACAUCGUCUUCUACAUUGCAUAUAUUACCUACAUUCGCCAGUGCCAACACCGCAUUAGCGACGCCUGUCCGAACUUUGGUCGCAUCUCCUCUCGUGGUCAGCGCUGGGUCAGCCCAAUCAGCGACUCCAGAUGAACAAGC